GACUCUCUUCAUACUUUGUUCGAAAAUGAAUAACAAUAAAAUAAAUUGCCAAAAACGAAAAACGGGCCGUUUUGAAUUGGUUUUUCGAUUUUUGAUUCUGUCACCAAAAAUGGUUAUUUGGUUUUUCAUUUUGAAACAAAAAACACAUAAACGGUAUUUUCGUUUUUGUAUUACAAACGACUUACGGAUUAUCCAGAGAUACCCAGACCCCCACGGCAGCACUUGCUGCUCGUUGAUGAAUGUUUAACGAUACGUGCUUUUACGUUAGAGUUCGCUAGUCGCCUACAUUAAGCAUCAUGAACACCGUGACCGAAGUCCAACUCAUGACAUGACCAUCCGAGGAGCACGCAAAUGCAACAUUAUUCUAUGACUCCCAGCACAUUUGACCAAGAUUUAGACAUGUCACAGAUGGAGCUGCCACCUCGUCCAACAUUGUUUGACUUCCAUGGAGUCUCCAUGAUCAAACAUGUCACUGAGAACUGGGACAGCGUACAGAACUUCAAAGCCAGACCAGAUGAUAUUCUUAUAGCUACUUACCCUAAAGCAGGAACCACAUGGGUCUCUUACAUCCUGGAUCUUCUGUAUUUUGGCCAGACAUCUCCAGAGCGCCAGGCGUCCAUUCCUAUUCAUGAAAGAGUGCCGUUUCUGGAGAUCAGCACACCUUCUCGACCCUCAGGUAAAGACUUGGCAGACCAGCUUCCCACCACUCCUCGUCUCAUUAAAACUCAUCUACCAGUCCAGUUUGUGCCCAAGUCCUUCUGGGAGCAGAACAGCAGGAUAAUCUAUGUGGCUCGUAAUGCAAAGGACAGUGCAGUAUCCUAUUUCCACUUUAACCGCAUGAACAUUGCCCAGCCAGAACCAGGUGACUGGAGCACGUUUCUAAAGGAUUUCAUGGAGGGAAAGAUGGUAUUUGGGUCAUGGUAUGACCAUGUGAACGGCUGGUGGGAGAAGAAACAGACAUAUUCAAACCUUCACUACAUGUUCUAUGAAGACCUGAUUGAGGACUGUGGACGAGAGAUAGACCGUCUCUGUUCCUUCCUUGGCUUGUCUCCUUCAGCUGAAGAGAAGGAAAGAGUCACAAAUGGAGUGACGUUUGACAACAUGAAAGCAAACAAAAUGACAAACUAUUCCUCUGUCCCAGUUAUGAAUCACAGGGUGUCUCCUUUCAUGAGAAAAGGGAAAGUUGGUGACUGGAAGAACCAUUUCACUGUGGCCCAGGAUAAACAGUUUGAGGAGGACUACAAGCAGAAGAUGAAGAAUCCUACACUGAAGUUUCGUACUGAAGUUUAAAGGCUUAAUGAAGAGUCCUGAACUGUGAUUCAUUUGAUUAUAAUGUUGAUGUUCCUGAGUCAAAUGUUAUGUUUGUCAAGGAUAGUGUUUAUUUUGUGUGACAAAAUUCUCUUGUGAUGUCGACUGACAACUUUCAUAUGUUUAUCAGUUGUUGAAUCUUGUAAAUAACAGCUGUAAUCAAUAACAGUCUCUUGGAAAUAACAUCAGUGUAUGUUUAAACAUUGUAAAAGACGAUUCACCCACACGUUUUAUAAAUGAUCAUGUAAUACAUAAAACGAUCGUCUGGAUUUUGUGAUCACUUUGGGAAUGAAAGCCUGUCUUUGCUCGUUUCACUGCAGCGAUGGGUCCUAUUGAAUAACUGUACCACCGCCCCUUCUAGUCUCCUGGAAUCAGUUGCAUCUCCUACCAUAACAAGACAUUUAUACUUUUUUUUCUCCCCCUGUGAUUACAGAAAGAAUAUGAUUUUUACUUCAAAAAUUUUACUUUUAUCAUGUUAUUGAAACUCAACUCCAUAUUAUAAAAGUGGCAGAAAGUUGAAUUUUCUUGAUCAUUUUAUGAACGCAGCAACACUCAAUAAGAAAGCGAUGACGCAUAUAAAUGAAACCAUAAAUGAGAUAUAAAAGAGAAGAGGACUUUGUUGGUCACCUAGAUGACCAGAUGGGGCGCAAAAUGUACAAUGCCAAGAAAUGGCACACAAUAUAAGAUAAUUAAUAAUCUGUAAGUAUGAUGAGUCAUGUUGUGCAGUGUGCCAAUGCAACAUCCUGGGACUUAUUUGAUUGAGCUUAAUUUGGUCACUAAGCAUUUUCUGUUACUGUGAAUUUCUCCCCCCUUUUUGUUAUGCUCACACGGGUUUCUGCUGGGCCAGUUUAUUAAGGUGUGUAUGUAAUUUGAUCAUACUAUGUGUACACUGCUCUUCUGAUAUGUUUUGUUUCAAAAUAAAAAAGAGUUUUUUGUA